AUGGACUUUGUUUCAAUGUCUGUAACAAAAGGAAUUUCAUUAGAAGAAGAAAUGAAGAGGAAUCCUCAAUUGAAACUGUCAGAUGUACAAUCACUGAGGGAAUGGUGCGAGAAACAACAGCACUUGCCAAAAAUUGAAGACAACUUUCUUGCUUUGUUUCUUCACAGCAAUUACUAUCAAAUGGAACCAACGAAAGACAAAAUCGAAAAUUAUUAUACGACAAGGACACUUUUAUUAGACAUUUUUUGCAAUCGGGAUCCGCUUGAAGAAAUAGGGUUACAACAAAUCUUCAAAACUAUGGCUCAGUUUUUACUGAAUGGAUUAACAAAGGAUGGAUAUAAGAUGAUAUUUUUCUCAUUAUUGGACAGCGACCCUUCUUCCUACAACCUUGAUUAUAGCUUCAAAUAUACCACAAUGUUAACCGACGUACAUUUUUUGAUGGAUGGUACAAAUAAUGGUUUUGUUUUCGUAAUCGACGGCAGUAAAUUUUCCGUCGGUCAUAUUAUACGAUUUAAUCCAUUGGUAUUGAAGAAAUGUGUGUACUACGUUCAAGAGGCAGCGCCGAUGAGUAUAAAGGCAAUCCAUAUUAUAAACUCGUUACCUGCCAUGGAAAUGUUGAUGAAGUUGGUAAAGCCUUUCAUGAAAAAAGAGUUGGUAGACGCAAUAUAUUUUCACUCCUCGUUAGAGAGCCUUUCUAAAUAUAUCCCAGUGGAUACGUUGCCAAACGAAUCAGGAGGAAAAGCCGGUUCCGUGCACAAACUAGCUGAAAUUGGAGUGAAAAAAUUCGAAGACUAUCGCGAGUGGUUUCUAUUGGAUGAAUCAGCCAGACGCGUUAACGAAGCAUUGAGAAUCGGCAAGAGCAAAACAACAAAUGAUUUGUUUGGUAUGGAGGGUAAUUUUAAAAAACUUGAUAUAGAUUAGUAAAUAGUUUGUAAAUUUAUAAUUAUAUACACACACACAUGUUAGAUGUUACAUAGCUCCACAAAGUUUAUUAAAUGCAUCAAUGAGGUAAAUAAUAUAUAUUAAGGCA